UAGUGUUUUGCAUUGUCUGAAACAAUUCAUAAAAAUUUCUAUUUGUAACAUAAAGGAAUAAGUGAAAAAAUGCAAAAAGUUCAAGAUGCCAAUAUAUUACAAAACACGUCAAUUUAUCCCCUCUGGCAAUGUUUCUGAAACAAAUUAGACAAGAAAAGUUGAAAUGUGUUUAUCCUAAGGCAAAAUAACAAGAAUGUAAAUGAUCUUCUUUUAAACCAUUUACUGGCCAAUAAGAAAUAGAUGUAAGAUGUGGCUUCAGUCCAAGGGGCGUGACGCCUGUCAGAAAAUGACUCCAUGCCUGCCUUAUAAAUAUGGUUUAUGUACCAAAUAUUCUUGCACUCCUGACUCCAAAGAACAGUUGUGUAGGAACCUUCUUCAUACUCAUCUCUAAAAACCACUCAUUGUCACCAUGAGCUACAGUUUCAGUCAAGUUGGAUCCUCCAGAUUGAGCAAUGGUGUGUCCUCCAGGCUUUCUGAUGGGAUCUACAGAGCAGCCAGUGUCCAUGGUGGUGGAUAUGGAGGAUCAAGUAUCUCCAUUUCCAGUGCAUCUGCUGGCUCAGCACGUGGCUUGGGCUCUGGAUUUGGAGGUGGAGCAGGCUAUGGCUCAGGAUCAUCCUUCAGUGCCAGCUUCAGCGCUGGUGGAGCUGGAGCUGGGGACAGAUUACUUUCUGGAAAUGAGAAGUAUACCAUGCAGAACUUAAACGACCGUCUUUCCAACUACCUUGAUAAAGUACGAUCUUUGGAGGCAGCAAAUAAUGAUCUAGAGGCCAAGAUCCGUGAUUGGUAUUCAAAGCAGGGGUCUGUGACAGUUCAGGAGCAGAACUUUGCUGGCUUCUACAACACAAUUGAUGAGCUCCGUGAUAAGAUUUUUGUGGCAACAAUCAACAACUCAAAAGUGAUUUUGGACAUUGAUAAUGCCAGACUGGCUGCUGAUGACUUCAAACUUAAGUAUGAGAAUGAACUUUCCCUGCGCCAGAGCGUUGAAAAUGAUAUCCAUGGACUUAGGCGUCUCUUGGAUGAGCUGACAAUGACGAGAUCAGAUCUGGAGCUCCAGAUUGAAGGUCUCAAGGAGGAACUGAUUUACCUGAAAAAGAACCAUGAGGAGGAAGUUAGCGAGACGAGACAGCAAAAAGCUGGCACUGUCAAUGUGGAACUGGAUGCUGCUCCUGGAGUUGAUCUGCUCAGGACUCUCAAUGACCUCAGGGAACAAUAUGAGCAAAUUGCUGAGAAAAACAGAAGAGAAGCUGAAGCUUGGUUCCUUGGUCAGGUUAAAAGCUUGCAGAAUGAGGUUGUUACCAGCACACAGCAAUUACAAACCAACAAAUCUGAGAGCACUGAACUAAGGCGCAGUCUACAAGGACUUGAAAUUGAACUUCAGUCAUUGCUCAGCACUAAAGCCGGUCUGGAAUCUUCAUUAGCAGAGACAGAAGGUCGUUAUGCUGCACAACUGUACCAGAUACAGUCUCAUAUCAGCAGCAUUGAAGGACAGCUUGGUGAUCUCCGCUCAGAUCUUGAACGCCAAAACCAAGAGUACAAAACCCUGCUAGACAUCAAGAGCAGACUGGAGCAGGAAAUUGCUACAUAUCAUCAGCUCCUAGAGGGAGAGGGUGGAAAGUAA